AUGAAGGAGAAAUCCAAAACGGCCGCAAGGACUAGACGGGAAAAGGAGAACAGUGAAUUUUAUGAACUGGCCAAAAUGUUGCCUUUGCCGUCGGCCAUCACCUCACAGCUGGACAAAGCCUCCAUAAUAAGACUGACAACGAGUUACCUGAAGAUGAGAAUCGUUUUCCCUCAGGGUUUGGGUGAGGCUUGGGGUCAUGCAAGUCGAACAAGAUCUUUGGACAAUGUUGGAAGAGAGCUGGGAUCUCAUUUGCUGCAGACGUUGGACGGAUUCAUCUUCGUUGUGGCCCCAGACGGGAAGAUCAUGUACAUUUCAGAGACCGCAUCAGUCCAUUUGGGACUGUCUCAGGUAGAGUUGACUGGGAACAGUAUUUAUGAAUAUGUCCACCCCGCCGACCACGACGAGAUGACAGCUGUCCUGACGCCACAUCAGCCCUAUCACUCACAUUUCGUCCAAGAAUAUGAAGUGGAGCGCUCCUUCUUUUUGCGGAUGAAAUGUGUGCUGGCGAAAAGAAACGCAGGCCUCACCAGUGGUGGAUACAAGGUGAUCCACUGCAGCGGCUACCUGAAGAUCCGUCAGUACAGUUUGGACAUGUCACCUUUUGAGGGCUGCUACCAGAAUGUGGGCCUGGUGGCCGUGGGUCACUCUCUGCCGCCCAGCGCUGUGACUGAGAUCAAGCUGCACAGCAACAUGUUUAUGUUCCGAGCCAGUCUGGACAUGAAGCUCAUCUUCCUGGACUCCAGGGUGGCAGAGCUGACAGGUUACGAGCCCCAGGACCUGAUCGAGAAAACCCUGUACCAUCACGUCCACAGCUGUGACAUCUUCCACCUCCGCUGUGCACACCACCUCUUGCUGGUAAAAGGCCAAGUCACCACUAAGUAUUAUCGUUUCCUGGCGAAGCACGGCGGCUGGGUCUGGGUCCAGAGUUAUGCCACAAUCGUCCACAACAGCCGGUCCUCGAGACCUCACUGCAUAGUCAGCGUCAACUAUGUCCUCACGGAUACUGAGUAUAAGGGAAUGCAGCUGUCUUUGGACCAAAUGAGCCCUACCAAGCCAGCCUUCCCCUACGCUGACAGUCACAGUGAAGACAGGAAGAGCACCAAGUCACGUCUGACCCAGACCAAGGCCAAAGCCAGAGUGUCACCCUACCCACAGCAAUUUUCAGCCUUCAAUCCAGAGCGUUCAGAGUCAGACCAAGACAGCCAGUGGGGAGGGAGUCCACUGACAGACUCUGCAUCUCCUCAGCUGCUGGAUCCCGGUGAGGCUGCAGAGGCGUCUUGUGCCUACCGACUGUAUCCGGAAUCGGGCUCCCUGUGCUACGGCCUGGGCCUGUCAGAGGACGACCUCGCCCACGCCCAAACACAUCCGCACACCACUACCUGUGACCGCGUGCGAUGCCAGGGCGGCCGCUACUUCCUAGGAACCCCCCAGUCGGGGAGAGAGGUGUGGUGGGACGCCACGCGCUCCGUGCUCUCCCUGCCGAAAUCGUCCGUGGAGAACAGCGAGGGCUACGAGAUCACAUCCUACCAUGGAGCCAUUCACGGACGGAGCCACUGGGAUGAAGACAGUGUAGUGAGUUCACCUGACGGAGGCGGGUCCACCAGUGAUUCGGGUGAGCGGUACCAUGGCGACCACUUCCGGGCGACCCCUCGAGAGCCCAGCAAGAUGGAGACGCUGAUCCGAGCCACGCAGCAGAUGAUCAAAGAGGAAGAGAGCCGUCUGCAGCAACACAAGGCGCCGCUGGACGUCUCAGGCCUCGCCAAAGCUCACAGCCCGUGCUUCACCUCCUCGCUGCCCCACCACUCCCAGCUCACCAUGCCCAGCGUGGUGUGCCGCGGACCGGGGGCCCCCAGCAUUGACCUCCCCUCCGAACGCCUCCAUCACCGGGACGGCGUCAAAGUGCUCGGUCCACAUGACAAUGACGAAAACACAACCAGUCCGGCCUCUCUGUCUCGUCUCAGCAGCCCCAGCUCUGAUGGGAUCCCCAGGUCGGGCCUCUCUCUCGCCAAAGACUACAUGCAGACAGAUCUGUCCCCCCACCCUCCACAGCCCCAGGGGAGCCCGCUGAUCUAUCCAGCCCAGGAGAGGCAGCCACUGGACAGGCAAGCGGCCUAUGCUUUGACUGGGUACUCCCUGGAGCACCUGUAUGACCCGGAGAACCUGCGGAGUUACUCGGGCCUGGCGUGCGGAGGAGUCCAGUACGACGUGGCAUCCCAUGUGAGGAUGCAGGCCGAGCAGAUGCAGGGACACAAGGCCACCUCAGUAAUCAUAACCAACGGGAGCUGA